AAGGCGGCGCACGAGGGGAAGAGCAGUUUCUACCAAGUCGAGGAAGCAUUGGCAGUAUUUCAAUAUACUCACCUGCCAAUAAGUUACUUUGGUUUCCACUGAAUUACAGAAGACGCGUCUCUUCGCCUCGUGGACGUAAGUAGGUUUUAAAGUGAGUGUUCUACCUGUGUGGACUCGUUACAGCCCGGUGUGAGUUAUUCAGCCCGCCGCGGAGAAGGCUGCGCGCGACGAAACGCUGACGUUAGACGUGUUUGUGACGUUACGUCAUACUGUUGUCGUGCCGCUCGGGCUUGAGUUAACACUUGUUUUAAACUUAAACAUUUUUAAUUUCGUGAGGUAAAACCAACGUCAGGGCUGGUGGUGUUUUUGUUUUUUAACGCUAGGAAACGAAAACAAAAACUGACACAUGAGGAAACAAUCAAAAGCUACAUGAAAGCUUUAUAAAUACAAUACAAUCCUUAAACCCUUAAUGGAAGAUUCUAGCUGUGGUCGUAAUAUGUGAUGGCUGGAGCUCUAAGCUCGAUGCUCUAUUGUCAGGUGCUUUUCAAAAUUAUUUUCUCAACUUUGUGACUAAAACAAAACUCGACUGACCCAUCCAGUCUGUAUGAUUACUAUAAUAUGUUACAGUAAUGGGAAUAAAAGUACAUGGUAUUUAAACAGUAGGAGAUGAAAAAAUGAUGCCCCAAAGGAAAAUGUAAUCAAAACAGGAACAAGGAAGUGAGCAGAAGUUCAAAUCAAGAACACUUUUAGGAAAAGGGGAUUAAUAAUAUACCACAAAUACACAUACAAAUAUGUCAACCAUCUGAAAUACAUGUUAGUAUUAUACCUUGCCAGAAAGAGAUUUAAAAGUAACAAGUCCUGCUAAAAAUAUGUCAACAGUGAUCCUACUGAUGUUUCUGCUAUGUCUUAUCAUUUAUGGCACAAAUAAAUAUCGCUAAAGUAUUCAGCCACAACAAGAGUAGCGGUGUUAUUCAUUUCCCCUUUUGAACCCGCUGCUUGUCUCCAAUGUCUCUGCCUCUCUGGUGGCAAGGAGCCGAGGGCCCGGUGCCGGGGGGAGUAUCACAGGGGUCUGCGAUGGACCGGCUGAAGCUGUCUCGCAUCGACGAGGAGCUGGAGUCCUCUGAGGUGGCGUCUCUCUGCUUCUUGUGUCGAGAUGUUGUCAACAGGAAACGCCUGGAGGGGAUCACGGAUGCGAAACAGCUGUUCUUGAGACUGGAAGAGAAAGGUCUGCUGGAGAACGACUUGUUCCUCAUUCAGCUCCUCCAAACCAUCCGUAGAACAGACCUCCUCAACCUCCUGGAGACGGACAGCAGGCCGCCGGAGGAGGCCGACGCCAACCCCAUGCUGUCGGAAUACAGGGUGAUGCUGUACAAAGUCUAUGAGGACAUGACUCAGGAAAAGCUUGAAAAGAUGAAGUUUCUUUUGAGCAACAUGCUCGCCAAAAGACAAAUUGAGACGUGCAAUACGGCGCUGGAUGUGUUUGCCGAAAUGGAAAAGAACAGUUUGCUGUCGAAAACAAAUCUCGAUAAGUUGCAUAAAGUGUUGCUGGAAAUGGAUCAACAGCUGGCGUCGACGCUCCAGCGCUACGUGGACGAGUUAGCCCGGCAGCCUCAAACCCAAGGACCUCAUGUCAGCAUGGAUUAUCAGACAGGCAACAGCCCCCCUCAGCCACCUGAAGCUCAUGAUGUGCCGAUAUCUGAAACUCAGCCGAGCUCUGGAGGAAUGAGCGUUUGCUCCGAUGCAGGACAAAAGACGGACCCCUCCCCUCUUCCCGAAGGCUACUACGCUCUGACGCACAAUCCACGUGGUGUGUGCGUGGUCAUCAAUAACGAGUACUUCCCGGGAACGGCGCUGGGGAGCCGAAGAGGGACUCAGGAGGAUGAGAAGGCUCUGCGCAGAGUGUUCACCGACCUCGGCUUCACCGUGUCGGUGCACAACAACUUGACGGCAGAAGCCAUGCGGCGAGAGCUCUGGACGCUGGGCGCGCGGAGCUUUUUGGAUGAAGACGCGUUGGUGGUGUGCGUUCUUUCCCACGGAGACAUGGGAUGCGUCUUUGGGGUCGAUGAGCAGAAGGUAAGCAUCCAAGACCUGAAACAGCCCUUCACCAGCAGGAGAGCGCCCACCUUGGCCGGGAAGCCCAAACUCUUCUUCAUCCAAGCGUGUCAGGGAAAUGGCUACCAGGGAGGAUCCAUGCCGUGUCCCCCAAGGCCACGGGAGGAGCCGGUGGACGAACAGAGUCGCCUGGAGGAAGACGCCGGUCCUCCGAUCGGCGAGACUGUUCCCUGGGAGGCCGACUUCCUGUUGGGCAUGGCCACCGUGCCGCAGUGCAAGUCGUUUCGAAACAUCUCCACGGGCUCCAUCUACAUCCAGGAGCUGUGCACGCAGCUGACGAGGUCGGCAGAAAGCUUGAAGACGGAUGAUGUACUCAGUGUGCUGACGCGUGUGAACAACGAGGUCAGCAAAGGAGAAUAUUCAAAAUACAAACAAAUGCCAGAGCCCAAGUACACCCUCACCAAGAAGCUCGUCCUCACCCGUGUCGACCCGGACGACGUGUAACGCAAAAAAUGUGCCAGAUUUGUAGAGACCAGACUGGUUACUGACUGAGUGUGUGAGUGUGUGAGUGUGUGAGUGAGUGAUUGGGUGAGUCGGAUGUCUCUUAAUCAAAAAACUGUCUUGGAAAGAAUAUUUCCCUUUUGAAAUGUUUAUGAUUAUUCCCCAUAUGAUUUAGAAUGGCAACAUUUUGUUAUUUGAGAAAAGUGUCUCUUUUGGAGAAAUGAACAUGAGUCUCCCCUUAUUUGUAUUGCUGCUCAUAUGGAGUGAGACAUGUAUAUUUAAAAAAUAAAGUAGUAAGAUGUUGAAAUACUGUCCCCUCUUUACAGCGACCAGUCCAUUAUCCAUAUUCAUCUUUUUAUCAAAAAGUAGUAAUGUGAAUUAAAAACUACAUGUGCACUUUAAAAUGAAUAAACCUGAUUCAACUGAAUGGAGAAUAUACA